AUGAAUUUUGCCCGUCUCGAUCGCCUCGCAGCGCAGUAUGAACAGGUUCUCAUCCAUCGGCACGGGUGGGAGAAGGACAACACACGCCAAGAACACAAAAUUCUAAAGGAGAUCCACGCUCAAUACCCCAAAAUUAAGCUGCGCGCUGUCGAAACCGUCUCAACCUCCAGCGGAGAUCCAACCUGGCACGAGAGCCUGACUAAAUUCCUAACCUUCGCUCCAAUAGAGCACCCUCGUGUGUUCGUCUUCAAUUCUGGCCCCAUAUUCCAGAACAACAUGGAUCAUUACUUCUUCGCCCCACUGACACCCCCCGGCGCAUACUGGCUGAACUAUAAAGACGCAUCGGCGAAAGACCAGAUCCUCGCAUCGCACACCAUGCUCGUCGAGCCGAACCAGGGUAACUAUAAUCGUAUUGUGGACGAGGCGAAAUCGUCUGGCAACUUUGAUAUGGAGGUCCUGAAUCACUUGUUCAGACUCGACUAUGAUUUCUGCCCCAUCAUAGAUUGGCAUUGCUCACGGGCGAAUUCCGGGGUACGGACCCCUUGGAAGCCGCUUGAUGAUGUCGUGGAGACGCUUGAUAAGUCUAUGUGUGCGGAUCGGUUUAUGUGGACCGGGGUUUAUGAUGGUUAUUAUCGGGAUAAGGAGACGAUUCGUGGUUCACUUACUUUGCAAGAGCCGCGUAAGAUUAUUUUUAUUAAUUAUCGAGAUUGA